UUAAAUUAUUCAAUUACAUCAUAUCACACUCUAUAAUACACGCAAAACACGGCAACUCUCACAUCUUGGCGUUAAAUGAAAAUUUCGUGGUAAUUUUACAAAAGAUUUAAUUAUCACGACUUUGGAGAUCGUUACAAUAAUCUAUCCAUAAUUGAUGAUAAAACAGUGACAUGUGAAUCACAUCUGUUCUCCUUAUCGUUUCAUAUAUACAGUUAUACACUACUUUGCAAUUUACCCCUUUAAACGAAACUCACAAAAUAAACACACUUCUGACUUUGUUGUCUAAAACUCCUCAAAUGGAUCAUCUCAAACCCACACCUGCUAAUUCUCCACCACUUACCCCUCUAGGCUACCUUGAAAGAGCGGCCACCGUGUACGGCGAGUGUGCCUCCGUUGUUUACGGUGGCACCACCUACACGUGGGCCGAUACCCAUGAUCGAUGUCUUCGAAUUGCAUCAUCUCUUUUGUCCUAUGGAAUUGAAAGAGGCCAAGUUGUAUCUGUUUUAGCCCCUAAUACACCUGCCGCAUAUGAACUCCAUUUUGCUGUCCCUAUGUGUGGUGCGGUCCUUAACAACAUUAACACCCGUCUCGACCCGAGGACUAUCUCCGUGCUCCUCCACCAUGGGGAAUCAAAACUCGUAUUCGUCGACUAUCAACUCUCGUCGGUCCUCCUCCAAGCGUUGGCUCUCCUCCCUCCCUCCCACCCUCGCCCACGCCUUAUCCUAAUAGAGGAAGCCGAUCAAAAUUUAAAAAAUAAUAAUCAAGACGGGAUUCAAUCUCAAGUUUUAAGUAAUCAAUACUUAACAAUCUACGAGGAGAUGAUCAAAAGAGGUGACCCAAACUUUAGGUGGGUAAGACCAAAAAGUGAGUGGGACCCGAUUGUAUUAAACUAUACAUCGGGUACCACUUCGGCACCAAAGGGCGUGGUCCAUAGCCACAGAGGAGCGUUCAUAAUGUCCAUGGACGCUCUUAUCGACUGGUCCGUACCCAAGCAGCCAGUCUACCUGUGGACCUUACCCAUGUUCCACGCCAACGGCUGGAGCUUCACAUGGGGUAUGGCAGCGGUCGGGGCCACGAACAUUUGCCUACGGAAGUUCGAUGGCCCCACUGUAUUUGCCACGAUUCGGGCCCACAACGUGACACACAUGUGUGGUGCUCCUGUGGUUCUUAACAUGCUCUCUAACCUCCCCAACCCCACCCCACUCCCCUCCCCCGUCCAAAUCCUCACCGCCGGAGCUCCACCUCCGGCGGCGAUUUUAUUACGUACUGAAUCCCUCGGUUUCCUAGUUAGCCACGGGUAUGGCUUAACGGAAACCGGGGGACUGGUUGUAUCAUGCGCAUGGAAACCGCAGUGGAAUAAAUUCCCCGCGACAGAAAGAGCAAGACUAAAAUCCCGCCAAGGGGUUCAAACUAUUGGAGCUGCGGAUGUGGGUGUGAUUGAUCCAGAUACCGGGAAACCGGUCCCGAAAGACGGGAAUUCCGUUGGAGAAAUUGUUCUCAGAGGUGGGUUUUUGAUGUUGGGGUACUUAAAAGACCCUAAAGCAACUUCCAAAUGUAUGGGAAAUGAUGGAUGGUUUAAAACAGGGGAUGUUGGAGUGAUGCACCAAGAUGGGUAUUUGGAAAUUAAGGAUAGAUCAAAGGAUAUUAUUAUUAGUGGGGGUGAAAAUAUUAGUAGUGUCGAGGUUGAAUCAGUCAUUUAUGGUUUUCCCGGGGUCAACGAGGCGGCCGUGGUGGCUAGGCCGGAUGAGUAUUGGGGUGAGACGCCGUGUGCCUUUGUGAGUUUGAAAGAAGGGGUGGUAAAUCCUCCAACAGAACAAGAUGUUAUUGAUUAUUGUAGAGCAAAAAUGCCACAUUAUAUGGUACCUAAAACUGUUGUGAUUAAGGAUGAAUUGCCUAAGACUUCUACUGGGAAGAUUCAGAAAUUUGUGCUUAGAGAUAUGGCCAAGGCUUUAGGGCCGUCAAGACACUCAAGACCAAGUCGUUUGUGAUAAGAAGCCGUGAUUUGCUUAGUAGACUCAUUCAGUAGCUUGCAAGUUGUGUCGUCUCAUUAGCACCCUAUUAUAUUAUCUUGUUAAUAUUGAAUUGAUGUUUUUCCCAUUUUUUUGAGGUUUGGUUUUGAUCAUUCCAGUUCAGGUAAUCAAAUUGUAAGAAAAUAUUCCCUGAAAUACUCUGAAUUUUUCCUCAAAUUCUGAAUGUAAGGUACUAUUUCAUGUUA